UACCGGACCGAUGAGGGAAAGCCAUAUCUACUACCAGUUGUGCAAAAAGUGGAAAAAUCGUUAGCCAUUGCCGACGACUUACACCACGAAUAUGUUCCCCAAUUGGGCGACGAGGCGUUCACGCGAUCGGCCACUAGACUACUAUUGGGAGGCGAUAGUCCCGCCAUCGCCGAGAAGCGUACACUGGGGAUUCAAUCACUGUCGGGAACGGGUGCUCUGAAAAUCGGGGCCGACUUAUUGCGGGAAGCGGUCGGUUUCAACACAAUUUACUUACCCGUCCCUUCAUAUGCAAACCAUGAGCUAUUGUUUAGCCGGGCGGGCUUUCAGGUGCUCACUUACCGAUAUUACGACAAUGUCCGGCACCUAUUAGACAUGAAUGGUAUGAUCACUGACAUACGCCAAGCAGCACCUGGAUCAGUCAUAUUAUUUCAUACUUGCGCUCACAACCCAACCGGUAUGGAUCCGACCCGAGACCAGUGGUCACAAAUUGCCGACAUAAUGGUUGAGCGCCGACUGUUUCCCUUUUUUGACUGCGCCUACCAGGGCUUCGCAUCGGGCGAUCCCGAUAGAGAUGCCUACAGUGUACGUCUGUUUGUGGACCGGGGGUUAGAGUUGGUGUGCGCCCAAUCAUUUUCUAAAAAUUUUGGUCUUUAUGGCGAACGCGUUGGCAACCUAACCAUAGUGCUAAAUAACCCCAAACCUAUUGAAAAUAUAUGCUCACAAAUGUUGAUGAUUGUACGUGGUAAUUAUAGCGGUCCGCCCUCACACGGGGCUAGCAUUGUGACCAAGAUACUAAACGACCCACAACUAUAUGAAGAGAAGUGUUGCGUACAAAUAAUGGCAACACGAAUGCGGGAAAUGCGGUCCCAAUUGCGGGAACACUUGGAACGGUUGGGAACACCGGGCGAGUGGUCGCACAUUACCCGACAGAUCGGUAUGUUUUCCUAUACGGGAUUAACCGACAGACAGGUCACACAUUUGUUGGACUCGUAUCACAUUUAUAUGCUCUCAAAUGGCCGGUUGUCGAUGUGUGGACUGACCACUAAAAAUAUUGAAUACGUGGCCAAAGCUAUUAGAGAUGCAGUGAUUAAGUUUCCUUGUCAUAAAAAAAACAAA